AUUUUAUUCCCUUGUCGUGUGAAGCAUGAGUCAUUCGUUCCUAAUUCAUGUAUCAAAAACAAUACCACGUUCGAAAGUAAACCAGGCCAUUUUCUCACAGCUACAGUCACCAGUGCCUACAAAACCUCUCAGCUUACGUUGCUUUUCAACCAGCCGAAGCCAAAACAGUGUUACUAUCUGGGGUGGUGAAGCUGUCAAAAAGACAUUAAAAGAAGGUAUCAAUGGUCCUGUCUGUAUUGGUAUUACACCCGUACGUAGCCCAUCAGCACUUUGUCGAACCGUGUCUUCAUUCAGCAAUGCUGCGGAAUUCAAGAGGCGAAAUCCCAAAGAUGAUCCAGCCGAUCAAGCUCCAGCGUCAGGCGGCAGCAGCCCAGGUGGCCACGGAGAAAAUGGUCACGGUGACGGUGAAGGAGGAGGAAAUGGGGGGAAUGAUGGAAGAUCAAAGAACCACUCUUGGGACGUGGCAGAUAAUCAGCUUCAAAAGCCAACUGUACCCGAAGUUUAUCCACAAGUUUUGGCUCUUCCCAUCUCCGGACGACCCUUGUUCCCAGGGUUCUAUAAAGCAGUUGUCAUUAAGGAACCCACAGUAACAGCAGCUAUUAAAGAAUUGAUGAAACGCGGGCAACCUUACGUUGGUGCAUUCUUGCUGAAAGAGGAAGGAUUAGAGACGGAUACUAUCUCCAGUAUUGAUCAAGUUCAUCGAGUGGGCGUGUUUGCACAGAUCACGAGCGUAUUCCCUGCUUCGUCUGGGAAAGAGGAUGGAGGAUUGACCGCGGUCUUGUAUCCGCACAGGCGUAUCAAGAUUACGGACUUGCUGCCAAUUAAAGAUAAGCAACACUCGGUUGCAGCUGUAAAAGAGGUCUCUAAACAUGACGAUGCUAUUGAAAAAGGUAGUAAAGAAGUAAAGCCUAAGGCGGAAACGGAAAGAACCGUGGCACAUAAAUCAGAUGAAUUCAUAGCAGAUGAAGAGGUUGAGAAGGUAUCCCGUCAGUAUGCAACAUCGUUCCUAGUUGAUGAGUACGCCGUCUCUCUUGCAAAUGUCGAAAACUUUGUCGAACCGGAGUAUUCCAAAAAGAGCCCUUACAUUCGUGCAGUAACCUCUGAGAUUGUGUCCGUAUUUAAAGAAAUCGCCUCUCUAAACCCAUUGUUCAGAGACCAAAUUGCCAACUUUUCCAUGUCACAAUCUGCAGGAAAUGUAUUUGAGGAACCCUCAAAGCUUGCUGACUUUGCAGCCGCUGUCUCUGCAGGAGAAGCAGCAGAGCUUCAAGAAGUGUUGGAAACAUUGCCCGUAGAGGAUAGACUUCAGAAAGCACUUGUCGUGCUCAAAAAGGAAUUGAUGAACGCUCAGCUUCAGAAUAAAAUCUCCAAAGACGUAGAAAACAAAAUUGCUAAGCGACAGAGAGAAUACUACUUGAUGGAACAGUUAAAGGGUAUCAAAAAGGAACUGGGAUUGGAAAGUGAUGGUAAGGACAAGCUCGUCGAAGGUUUCAAGGAAAAGGCAUCUAAAUUAGCCAUGCCUGCAUCUGUAAAGAAAGUAUUUGAUGAGGAAAUUAACAAGUUGGCUCAUUUGGAACCUGCUGCUUCAGAGUUUAACGUCACUCGAAACUACCUUGACUGGCUUACUCAGGUACCAUGGGGUAAGCGCUCCCACGAAAACUACAACAUCGCACGUGCUACCUCUGUCCUGGACGAAGAUCAUUAUGGUUUAAAGGACGUCAAGGAUAGAAUCUUGGAAUUUAUUGCAGUAGGUAAACUUCGAGGCACGAUGGAAGGAAAAAUUCUUUGCCUUUCAGGACCACCUGGCGUGGGAAAAACAUCCAUAGGUAAAAGUAUUGCCCGUGCUUUGGACCGUGAAUUCUAUCGAUUCUCGGUAGGCGGUCUGACGGAUGUGGCAGAAAUUAAGGGUCAUAGACGUACCUAUGUAGGAGCUAUGCCUGGUAAGGUGAUUCAGGCAUUAAAGAAGGUUCAAACAGAAAAUCCUUUGAUCUUGAUUGACGAAAUUGAUAAAUUGGGAAGAGGACAUCAAGGCGAUCCAUCCUCUGCCUUACUUGAACUGUUGGAUCCUGAACAGAACAGUAGCUUUUUGGACCAUUAUAUGGAUGUUCCUGUUGAUCUUUCCAAGGUCUUGUUUGUUUGUACGGCAAACGUAUUGGAUACCAUUCCCGGACCUCUUUUGGAUCGUAUGGAAGUGAUUCAGUUAUCUGGUUAUAUUGCUGAAGAAAAGGCUGCUAUUGCUUCUAAAUACCUUGCCCCUGAUGCUAAGGUUGCUGCUGGUCUUGAACAUGUCAAUGUCAAUCUGACAGAGGACGCAAUUGAUACCUUGAUUAAGAAUUACUGCCGUGAAAGCGGUGUUAGAAACUUAAAGAAGCAUAUCGACAAGGUGUUCAGAAAGGCUGCUCUUAAGGUGGUUCAAUUGGCUGAUGAAGAACAAAGUGCAGAUAAUAACAAAGAAAAGACAGAGAAGGCUCAAGAUGAAGUAAAAGAAAAUAAAGAAGAACCGCAAAAGCCUCUGACUGUGCCCAAGGAUGUCAAGCUUGAGAUCAGUUCUGAAAACUUGAAGGAUUACGUGGGUCCUCAAGUCUAUUUAUCCGAGCGCCUCUAUGAACAAACACCACCUGGUGUUGUGAUGGGUCUAGCAUGGACAAGCAUGGGUGGCUCAUCUUUAUACAUUGAAUCCGUUCUCGAGUCUUCUCUCACGCCCAAAUCAACCCCUAAUCUCUCCAAGACUGGUCAGCUUGGUGAUGUUAUGAAAGAAUCUACAAGUAUUGCCUACACUUAUGCAAAAUCCUUGCUGGCUACACAUUUCCCAAAGAACAAAUUCUUUGAUAAAGCAAAGGUUCAUUUACACUGCCCUGCUGGUGCAGUUCCUAAGGAUGGACCAUCUGCUGGUGUUACAAUGACCACAUCUUUACUCUCACUCGCACUUAACAAGCCAGUUCCUUCUAAUAUUGCAAUGACAGGUGAACUGACAGUGACAGGCAAGGUGCUAAAGAUUGGAGGAUUAAAGGAAAAGACGAUUGCAGCCAAGAGAUCAAAAGUGAACACGAUUUUAUUCCCCAAGGACAACCAAGCUGAUUGGGAUGAAUUACCAGAACAUAUUAAGGAAGGUAUGACAGGUAUUCCUUGCGACACUUAUCAAGAUGUAUACAAUGUUGUCUUCCCGAAUGUAACAAAGGAGGAAGCUGAAAAUGUAUGGAAGGAUGUGCUAAUUGAAGAAGCAGAAGAAGAAAAGAAUGUAAAAACACAUUAAUAGUAGUAGUAAUAAUAAAAUAGACUGCGUAACUUACAUUGCCAUAAACUGAAGAGAGAGUGUGUGUAUGUACAGAAUGAAUGUCCGCCCCUGAACAAGUAAAAGUCAUUAUCUUAUCUCUUGUGAACCCAAACAGGAUUCAAGGUCAGAAUCCGAUUCAUCCGCUGUAAUUUCUAUUUUAAAGUCGCCGUUUUUGAGUUUGAUGUUGUGCAAAAGAGAGGUAUGGAGAAGUAAGACGCAAGGAGAGGAAAGAAUGUGUAAAUGAUUGUCUUUUUCGGAUUAAGAAAAUACCCCUUCAUCCGUGGUACCUAUUACUACGACGCAGCAG